UUUUCUCCAGAAUAGUAUGCCGUGUAGCUGAUGAUUGGACGUUUUAUAGUCCUCGCUGAAGAACACGUCCGCAUGCGGUUGAAAUUCUCUUGGGUUAGACAACUUAGACACUACCCAAAAGAGAACUGAAGUUAUCGCUACCAAUAAAGCGACUUUGGACCAAAUGUAAACCGACAGCGAGUCCAUAUAUGUAGUUAGUAAUCCCAUGGCAAGAUGUUUGCUACUUGCUCAUCGUGACAUGGGAUGCGACAGGAAUGUAACUUAAUCUGCUAGGUCACCGAUCAGACUAGCGGAGCAACGGAAAUAAUUCUUAUUGUUAUUUCGAGGCAAUCUGGGCAUUGCUGGGUAUUAAUGGACCGGUUUGCGCGAGGAAAGUGAGCAAGUCAAGAAUUCACCUUCACUUUCACCCUAUUGCGCUCGGUAUUGACGACUACUAUUGUGGCAUGGUCUUGGCGCGAUCUACAAUAAAGUUCAUAGCUCCUUCCAUCGAACCCACCCAUCAAUUUACUCACCCACUCGAUCCACAUCCCAAUCCACCUAUCUACCAGAGUUUCGAAAGCUACAAUCCAAAACCCGUUUCGAACCACCCAAAACGAGAGCCUCUCACGAUGGCGACGCAGGCGGAGCUGGAAGAUCCUCUCUACAACUUCCGCCUAACCAUCACCUCCAACAACACACCUAUUCUCACCAAUACCCCCGACCCUACCACAUCCAGCGAUACCGUUCUCUCCCUGGCCAACGCAACACAUAUAUCCUUUAACAAUGAGUCCUCCCACAAGAACUACUCGCUUACCAUGCCUACGCGCUUUGCGCCCAACUCAAAGCCAAUCGACCUACGCAGCAUCUACUUCGCGUGGACGAACAAAGACGCGCAAAUCACCGACUACCACGCGGCUGUACAAGAAUUGAACGAGGAACUACCCAGUGGAGCAGGCGGAAGUGUCCAGAACCUUAGUUUGGCUCAGCGACUCGAGCUGUUCAGUUGGUUGUCGGGAGAGACAGAGGUUGCGGAGAGCAUUGCGCCGGUCGAUGGAGGCAGCGCUGGGAGCGGCGCCGCAGGAGAUGCUGCCGCGAUCGCAAGGGGAGACGUGAGUGGUACUACAGGAACAGGCGGAGGCAAAGCUGGUGGCGAUGCGCGGUUACUCCAAAUAUACGAUGGCGAGCGCAAAAUGGGUGAUCACAACACAAUCCUGCGCGGCUCGAAACCAGUCGAUUUCUCUCAAUACCGCAAAGUUGCAACCGCCUUCCUCUCCUCCCGCAACAAACCCUCCACAAACCCCUCAAUCCCGCAUGCGCCGCUCGUCUCCUCCCUCACCAAAAAGCCCUCCCGCCGCAUCGAACAACCUAUCAUUCUCCUCUCCCCCUCCGCGUCCUCCCUCCUGCGCAUGUCCAACAUAAAAUCCUUCCUCGAAAACGGCGUCUUCGUCCCGCCAAACACCACAGAUUCCACCCCCUCCAACUUCCUUCAAAUGACGCGCAACCUCCCCUCCAUCUCCUCACAAGAUCUCCGCUUCAUUCUCGUCGACUCAACAGCCAUGUUCAAACCACCCUAUUGGGACCGUGUUGUUGCGAUCUUCACCACGGGUCAGAGCUGGCAGUUCAAGAGCUACAAGUACCCGAAUCCGAUUGAGCUGUUCGCGCAUUACCCUGGUGUGUAUGUGGGAUGGGAAGGCGAGACAGAACCCGAUGCUGUGCGGAAUUGGGGUAGGGGCGUAUUGCCGGUUAAAGUGGAUAAGUGGAUGGGGAGUGAGAAGGGUAGGUGGAGAGAUCGUGAGGUUGUGGAGAGGAUUUGGGGUAGGAUUGAGGAAGGGAUGAGGAGGGGUGGUUGGACUAGGGAGGGGCCUGGAUUGGCCGGGGCUGCUCCUGGACGGUAGAGAGACUGGCUAGAGAUUUCGUUGGAAUGAUUGAUCAUUGGGAGGUUUGCCGGAAACUUGGGAGCUUGCGUAUUACAAGAAAGAGGUUGACAGAAAGUUCGAGUUCCUAUACCAUGCAUGGGAACUGUGUGGUAUUCGUUUCACGUCAAUGACAUUGGUUCUUCUCUGCGGAGCUACUUUAUCUACGUAGCCAAUAUCUUCUUGUCUUCUUCCGGGGACAGGCGUUGUAAUAUUCUUUCAUUCUGCAUUGCACUUUGCUUUCGCUAAAAAAAAAAAAAAGAAAAAGGAUCGAUCAUGGCUCACGCUCACGCAUGUAAAAAUCCAAGACAUACAAAAACAUCUGAGGCUUCUCUUCCCAGCCCCCCUCGAAAAGAAAAAACAAACAAACCAUAAUUCAUACCUGCAUACACACCACACUUCAUCUUACUCCCCCAACAACCCGUC